AUGUCACACGCUUAUGAUCUCGAUAUAAAGCCAACAGCACAAGAAGCAGUGAAGCGAAUAUCUUCGGGAUUCAGUUUAUCUGAAAGUGCUAAUCAACCAAUGACACCCAAAGAUGACAAGUCGCUCAAGAUUGCCACUUUUUCUUUACAAGGUUACUUAAAAGAAAAAGAAUUUGCUACUGAGUUCUUGGAAAGAGGAGGAUUAGCUUCUUUAUGUGAUAUUGUGAUUAAUUCUACUGGAAAUACACUGGCUUAUGCACUCAAUUCAUUCUUAUCAUUAAUGGAACACAAUACUGGCUGGGAAUCAUUAGAAGAUGAAUUUAUUGCUCGCAUUGCUCAGGUAGUUGUGACUGAACAAUUGGCUACCAUUGCUCGACCAGCCAUUGCUAUCUUGCUUAAACUCGUCUGUGCGAAUGAGCAGAAUACAGAUGAGACUAUCAAAAUUCGUUGCUAUGGAUACCCAACACUUCAUCGAGCCAUGGAACAAGCACCCACAUUAAUAACAGUCUUGGUAGAUAGACUCUUGAGUCAGGAAUAUCUGUUGUCUACUACCAAUGAAUACAGAAGUGCAUUGUCUAUGACUUACAAUCAUUCCAAUCUGAAAAAGAACGUGCUGAGAUUAAUGAAUAAUCACCCAUCAGCCGAACUCAAGUUAUUGAUCGUUGAAUAUCAAGCCGUAUAUAUUGAGAACAUCAGAAAGAGACAUAGCAUUGCAGUCUCUAUGCAUAACCCUCAGCACAGUAAUAUGCUCAAAGACAUUUGGGAGGCAUCCAAUGUGGAGAAAUUGGAUAGUUUGGACACCAAAAAAUGGAAAAAGAUUGGAUUUACAACAGAAGUACCUCAACGUGAAUUUGCAAGAACAGGUGUCUUUGGUUUAGAAGAAAUGCACUUUUUUGUGAUCAAUAACAAAGACUUGUAUGCUAAAAUGAUCCUUGAACAAAUCCAUCGCCCAGAAAACAAACGGUGUCCAUUUGCCAGAGCAAGUAUUGAAGUGACAGAUUUGUUAUGUAGUCAUUGGCAUAUCACAUCCACCAGCAAAAAAGAAUCUAUAGAUGCUAUUGCUGAAUUCCAACCUUUGAUUCUUGAUUUUAAUCAUGUCCAUUCAACCACAUUACAGACUUAUUUUCGUAUAUUUCAUGAUAUGGAAGCAACCACGUUUGACUUCUCUAAAGUAGAAGCACUUGUUCGAAGUCAAUUGCAUUUUGCAUUCAACAGUAGCUCAAGAGACAUCAGUGAAUUUGAUAGAAGCAUGUUUGGUACACCUUAUCAACAAAUCAAAGAUCGUAGACUGAAAGAACUCGAAUGGGCAGACGAUUUAUUAGGCAGAGAUGCUAUUAGUAAUUUACGUACUCGACUAUCUAAACAGUCUUAUGAAUUUAUCAAGAAACAACGUAUUAGUUGUUUAUUAGAAGGUGCAUGGUUUCCUUCUCCAUCCUCAAGCCAAAGAAUGUCCGUGAUAGCCAACAACAAUGGUAAUAGUGCAAGCAGUAGUCCCCUUUUAUCUCCUACUGUACCAGUUGGUACAGCCACGACAUUAGGGGGCAAUACAACGAACAGACGAUGGCGAUACUAUAAGCUCAGUCGAUCUAAACGAUCUAUCAUGUAUGGCGAUUUUUCUGAAAAGAUUGCGCCUAUUCUUAAAUCCUAUGAAAAACUACCACAUCGAAUUGACCUUGGUUCAGUGAGUGAAAUUCGUGCUAUCCGAAAAACAAGUUUGUCAACUUCGCAAGUGUUUCAUACGACGUUGAUGGAUAGUGCAGGUAAUCCUGUGCUGCACUCUAGUGGAAGUACUGCCAAUCUAUCCUUUGCACUCUAUACAGACAAGAAUACUGUGUUGGCUGAAUUCUAUUGCGCUACUCCUACACAAGCAGCAGAAUGGAAGGAUGGGUUCAGUAUGCUGUUAGACAAACGAUUUACUUCUAAAGAGACAGCUGAAUUGUUUCAUACAUUAACAGAAGUGGGUGUCAAAGUGAAAUUACUACAGAUUGCAGGUGACCGUGUAGAAAUACCCCACCAUGCAAUUGAAGUACCUCCUGUGCCUCCAGGCUUAGGUUCUGGUUUUUUUUAUGAUACGAUUGAAUCUUGA